AUGCCAAGAGCCCCUAGAAAGUACUCUAAGACCUACUCUACCCCAAAGAGACCUUUCGAGUCCGCCCGUUUGGACGCCGAAUUGAAGUUGGCCGGUGAAUACGGUUUGAAGAACAAGAGAGAAAUUUACAGAAUUUCUUACCAAUUGUCUAAGAUCCGUCGUGCCGCCAGAGAUUUGUUGACCAGAGACGAGAAGGACCAAAAGAGACUUUUCGAAGGUAAUGCUUUGAUCAGAAAGUUGGUCAGACUCGGUGUUCUUUCUGAGGACAAGAAGAAGUUGGAUUACGUCUUGGCCUUGAAGAUUGAGGAUUUCUUGGAAAGAAGAUUGCAAACCCAAGUUUACAAGCUAGGUUUGGCCAAGUCUGUUCACCACGCUAGAGUCUUGAUCACUCAAAGACACAUUGCUGUUGGUAAGCAAAUCGUCAACGUUCCAUCUUUCAUGGUUAGAUUGGAAUCCGAGAAGCACAUUGACUUCGCUAGAAGCUCUCCAUUCGGCGGUGGCAGACCAGGUAGAGUUGCCAGAAGAAACGCUGCCAGAAAGGCUGAGGCUGCUGGUGAGGGCGAGGCCGCGGAAGAUGAAGAGUAA